AUGAAACAAAGUUGCGGUUUGCGUUUGGACAGCCCUGAGCCGCAGGUUGAGUCACAAGGUCGGCGAAUCGUCGUUCCGCGGUGUGCAAAGCUCAGCGAUGCGGCCUUCUUUUCCUUUGCAGAUCUUUGCGAUCGUCCUCUGGGGGCAGCUGACUAUUUGGCCGUCGGCCAUGCCUUCCACACGGUUUUUGUCGCAGACAUCCCUAGACUAACCAUGCAGGAGCGAGACCAAGUUCGGCGCUUUAUCACCUUGAUUGACACCUUGUAUGAGACCCACACCAAGCUGGUCUGCACUGCGGAGCUUGAUCCAAUCCCUUUGUUCUACGUUUCUGAAGAGGAGCGGAAGACGUCAGUAGCCGAUGAGAUCUUUGCAUGGGACCGAACAGUUAGCCGCCUCAUGGAGAUGCAAUCGGCUGCAUAUUUGACAACGUCCGUGCGAUCGAUGAAAGCUGAUCAGUUUCUUUCACAAUACAAGUUGAAGAGCUUGUCUGACCAGGACUUCAAAGACAUGUGGCGGCGCUAUGACCAAGAUGACAGUGGCUUCCUGGACAUGGAGGAACUGCGUGUUCUACUAGAAGACCUGCUCGAGCGUCAAUGCGGACACAGGAAUCUGUCAGAUGAACUAUUUGACAUUUGCGUGGACGUAAUCGACAAGAAUAAAGAUGGGCAAGUUAGCUUCGAUGAAUUUGAGGAAUACCUGUCUGAUUUCUCGACCAUUGAAUCGACCAUGAACCAAGCAUAAAUCCAAACAUUCAUUAUUGUUUAUUUGUCCGAAGACAAA